AUGGCCGAGAAUCAGAACUGCUCGAGGAUGACGAGGGCGGCGGCGAAACGAAAAGCGUCCAUGGCGUUGGACGAAGAGCCAGUUGUUAGCAAGAAGCGAGUUGUCCUCGGAGAGCUUCCGAAUAUGUCCAAUGUCGUUGUUCAAUCGAAACCCAAUCAGGAGCGAGAGAUCCUGAAGCCCAAACCAACUGUUAUCGCCGCGAAGAAGCCGACGAAGAAGGCUCCGGCGAUGAUGCCGUCUGUGGCGGCUACUGAACCGAGCGUUGACUUCGAGUCUCGAUCUGUUGAUCCUCAGAUGUGUGGACCUUAUGUGAACGACAUCUCCACCUAUCUCCGUGAAAUGGAGAGGAAGCCGAAGCAAAGACCUCUACAUGAUUAUAUUGAAAAGGUUCAGAAUGAUCUAACCCCUAACAUGAGAGGGGUUUUGGUGGAUUGGUUAGUGGAAGUUGCUGAGGAAUACAAACUCGUCUCCGACACGCUCUAUCUCACAGUCUCCUAUGUCGAUAGAUUCUUGUCGUCAAAGCCUAUAAACAGGCAGAGACUUCAGCUUGUGGGUGUUUCUGCAAUGCUUAUUGCGUCGAAAUACGAAGAGAUAAGUCCUCCUAAAGUGGAAGAUUUCGUUUACAUCACUGAUAAUACGUUUACGAAACAAGAUGUGGUGUCGAUGGAGGCUGAUAUACUUCUUGCUCUGCAGUUCGAAUUAGGAAAUCCAACCAUCAAAACAUUCCUAAGACGGUUCACAAGGAUUGCGCAAGAAGAUUUCAAUGAGUCACUAUUGCAGAUAGAGUUCCUCUGUUGCUAUCUAGCAGAGUUGAGUUUGCUGGAUUAUAGCUGUGUGAAGUUCUUGCCAUCUCUCUUGGCUGCUUCCUCUGUCUUUCUCGCCAGAUUCAUCAUCCGUCCAAAACAACAUCCUUGGAAUCAAAUGUUAGAAGAAUACACAAAGUACAAAGCGUCUGAUCUACAAGUCUGUGUUGGAACCAUACAUGACUUGUAUCUAAGCAGAAGAGGGAUUGGUCUAGAAGCUGUUAGAAAUAAAUACAAGCACCACAAGUUCAAGUGUGUUGCGACGAUGCCUGUUUCACCUGAGCUGCCUCUUGCUUUCUUUGAAGAUGUCACCAUUAGAGAAAAGGCGUAA